UUCAGACACCCGAAGCGACUGUCUGGGAAUUCCCUCUCUGAGAUUCUUAACUUUGACGCUACGAGUACAUCUUGGAUUUGACCUCUACUGCUCUUCUAUGAUUCCCAAAUCACCCUUCAACCCUUUAUAUUAAUCUCAUUAUCCUCACUAGCUCCUCAAUAUACAACACCAUCUCUUUAUCUCUUCUUCUUCUUCAGUUCUUGAGUUGUUGUUUGGUUUGGUAUCUUCAAGAAGAAAAGAUGAUGCAUCUCGUGAAUGGAAAGGGAUUGCAGUUGCAGGGGAAUAAGGGGAAUGGUAACCAUGUGAGGCGGUUGCCAAUGGAGCUUGUGAGGACGUACGAGAAGAUGAGGAAGUUGGCUUCAGCCAAUGCAGUGGUGGUGUUCAGCAUAAGCAGCUGCUGUAUGUGCCACGUCGUCAAGAGCUUGCUAUUCGGCCUCGGUGUGGGUCCCACCAUCGUAGAGUUGGACGAGGAGAAGAACGGCAAGGAAAUGCAGGCCGUACUCUACGGCCUCGUCAGUGACGGAGAACAACCAUUGCCGGCCGUAUUCGUAGGCGGCAAGUUCUUGGGUGGCGUUCAGACCGUCAUGUCCUCUCAUAUCAAUGGAACUCUCGUCCCUCUCCUCAAAGACGCCGGAGCUCUGUGGCUCUGAUCAAAGAGAAUAUACAUUUACACGCCUGACAUACCUCGCCAGAAUAAUUUUAUGUUUACGUCUCUAACCCUUAAGUUAUUAGCUCUGUUCUUUUUUUUUUUUCCCGGUCUUUCUUCAUGUGUCCAUGGUUGUACAGAGUACAAGC